CCACAUCCUAUCUCGUCCUGUUCCCGUUUUCCGUCCGACGGCGCGCGGGUUUGCUGGCUUGCUCGCUUGCUUUUCAGCCCAGUGAAAGCGACAGCGAGCUCUCGCGCACGAGCCUCUUCCGCGGUGCGCGCGGAUCAGGCCCGGAUAUUUAAUUACGCCGCGAACGAGCCGCGACACGACGUUUCUGAUCGGCCUGUCGACGUAGCCGCUGAUAUAACGGCCGUUGGUGCUCCGAUAACACUCACGAUCGCGAGUGAUGGCCGCGUAAAGCCUAGAAGAGAGGAAGAGAGAGAGAGAGAGAGAGAGAUCAUCCUCUUGUGAUCGUCAUGUGGGACUCUCGAAUGAAUUCGUUCGCCUGCCGGACCGGCAGGACGAGGUGGUCCUCUUAUGAGUCUUACUCGCCGCGCGACCACGCACCGAGCCAAGACACCAGGACGCGUUCCUCAUUAACGAUGCAGAGUGUGCAAGAAGGCCCGGCGCAAUACGCGGGCGCGCAACAGCACGCCAACUAUCGUCAACAACGAUCUUCCUCUUGGCAGGACCGCUUGUGCGAAGUGAGCAUAUCAUCCGCCCGCGCGUCGGUGAUGGUGUACGACGACGUGAACAAGAAAUGGAUACCGAGUGGCAGCUCGUCCGGCCUGUCGAAGGUCCAGCUUUACCAUCACCAGGUGAACAAUACGUUCCGCGUGGUGGGUAGGAAGCUGCAGGAUCACGAGAUCGUCAUCAACUGCGCGAUCCUGAAAGGGCUCAAGUACAAUCAGGCCACGGUCACGUUCCACCAAUGGAGGGACAACAAGCAGGUGUACGGGCUCAAUUUUUCGAGUAAAGACGACGCCGACGCUUUCGCCAGGGCGAUGCUUCAAGCACUCGAUGUGCUGAGCAACGGCAGCAACAUAUCACGAAGUCUCGCUCCGACAGCCGCGACGGCUACCCAGCAGCAGCAACAGCAGCAGCAACAGCAGACCGCCUACCAGCAACAGCAGCAGCAGCAACAACAGCAGCAGAGCCAGGCGACCGCUCAAUAUGAGGAGGACAUGGGAUACAGGACCAUGACCAGAGAAGACGUGGCGAUAAUCCAAGAACGCAGAAUGUCUCAGCAGAGUCAAGCAACUGGUAGUCCUAAUCCUAUCUCGCCGAGUUGCCCGCCAACGCAGCAGCAACAACAGCAGCAACAACAACAGCAGCAACAGCAGUCUGGUCACCACAGGACCUCGUCGGCGCCACCGGCGCCACAGCCGCAACAACAGCAACAGCCGGCGUUGCAGAGCAUGCAGGGAGUCGGCGGUAUGGCUCCAGCUGCUCCGCAAAUGUCGGCCGGGGUUGGUCCGCCGAUACCGCCACCUCAGCCACCCGUUGCGCCGCCAGCACCCCCGUGCCCGCCGGCGAUGAUGAACUUCAGCACGCCGGCACCGGCGCCGCCGAUGAUGAUGAGUCAAUAUGCACAGUCGCCGUCCUCUCAGACGAGCCUGCCGAAUCAGUCACAGUGUCAGCCGAUCUACGUGACCAAUCAGACGGGCCAGUACGGCGGUGCGGCAACGAGCAAUCAGUACGCGACUGCUACCGCCGCCGUCGGCGGCGGUGGCAGCGCCGGUGGCGGCGCCGGCGCUGGUGCAAACAACGUCGUGGGUCAAAGCCCGAGCCAGUACCCGGCUGCCACUGGCAGCCAGAACAAUUUCUAUGCUACUAACAGUCAAAGCAAUUACGCCAGUGGCGGACAGGUGGGCCAAGCUGGCCAAUAUAGUCAACCGGCUGGCAAUCAGGUCGCGCAAUACGGUGGCAGCAGCGGUGGUGGAAGUCAGUACGGUAGCAGUAGCUCGAUAAGCCAGUAUGCGGCUGUGCCGCCGCCGCCGGCGGGCCAGUACGCGGUCGCCCAGCCCGGCCAGUCGCAGUACGGCACGAUUGUGUCGCAGGCGCAGGCACAAUUCGCCGGUACGGCCGGCCAGGUACAGGCGGCCACGGCCACUACGAAUCCGUAUGGGACACCGUCGAAUUCUGUGAACCAGUAUGCCGCGAGUAGCCAUCACACGGUCGGUGCGAACGCUUACGCCCCUCUCACCGGCGGUGGUCCACCGCCGCCUCCGAUGGUACCUUUGGCUGGUCCUGCCGCGCCGCCCCCACCACCACCGCCGCCAGCACCCAACGCCAACAACACCUCCGCCGCGGCGGCCUCUGGCUCUUCCGUCAGCUCUUCAAACGACCCUCCACCGGACACCAAUUCAUUGGCUGCUGCUCUUCAAGCUCGUCUCAAGAAGAAGCAGCAACAAUCGCAACCGGUGGAGAACAGCGGCUCGAGCACCAGCAGUAGCGGCAGUGGCAGUGGAGGCGGCGGUAACUACGGCACUCUGGGGAGAGGCGGAGGCGGCGGAAUGGCUUCCAUGAUGGACGAGAUGGCGAAGACUCUGGCACGCCGAAGAGCCGCCGCUGAGAAGAAACAACCUGAGCAACCACCGGAGCCGGAGAGUUCGCCGGACAAGAAAUCCUGGGACAAGAAUAACUCGUCGAAUAACAAAUUCUCCAACGGCGCUGAGUCACCGAAAUCGGUGCGCAAGAGGUUCGGCUCGGCCUCGGAGGACACCCUGCUCAAAGUAAAUGGAGUCAACGACGGGUCGUCGCUCACCGCGCAAGAGAUGGAGGCUUUCAAGGCGGAGAUAAUUAAGGAAGUGCGCAAAGAAUUCCAGAAGAUGAAGCAGGAGCUCAUCGACGCCGUAAGGACAGAACUGAACAAGAGAUAAAGAAGACGACAAGGAAGAGGCAUGGACGAUCGAGCUAAUCUCAAAGUCGAAAAUGGAUGAGACAGCGAGAUAAGGAUAACAAGCGAGAGAGCAAAACAAAAAAAUUAACAAAGAGUUCGUGAGACUAAAUCGCUCGAUAUCGAAGCGUUAUCGAGAUCCACAUACAGGUUUUUACAUACAUAUUUGCGAGAAUGUGUAGUGUGUGGGGUUACACUUAUGUAUAUCGGACAUUUGUGUGUAAGUACGUUAAUCUAACUUUUAGCGUCUUAAGUGGCCGUAAUCCUUUUGUUAUUUGCUAUACAAAUAACAAUCGUAACGGAACGUUGAAUCAGUUGAGUUUCGUUCGACUCGGUUCGGGGAGGUUCGAUUAAACCUCUCGACAUUUUUUUUACACGCACAAGGGAUCACGAGGGGAAACUCUCUCUCGGUUGGGUUUUUGGGCGUGCGAGAGAACGAGAGAGAGAGAGAGAGAGAAAGAGAGCGAGAGAGAGAAAGAGCGGGAGAGAGAGGGGGGAGGGAGGAAGAGAGAGAGAGAGAGAGACACUUCGACGAAAAAGUAAUGUAAGUACACGCACAAUGAGAUACUACUAUAUUGCUUCGUAGAUUAAAGGGAUAUCGAUAAAGACCAAAAAAUGGUGUACUAUUUAUAAUAUAAAUUAUAUCGAUCUAUACAUAAAUAUCUACGCUAAUAUCCAUGUUUCGAGACGCGCUCGUUUAUAGUCAUGGCCGGAGACGAGCGGCACGUCUCUCAAAUACGACGACGGUCGAUGUUGAGUCACGACCGGGACGAAAGUUCUCUUGAUCACACAUUACAUGACUCGCGGCGUGACGCGAUUACAUUUAAUUCCAGCGAGAAACUCAAUUAUUUCAACGUCGAAGUUACGUGUCGUAUAUAUAUAUAUUUUUUUUAACGCAUAUGUGGUCAGGCAGGGUUUCUAAGACUUUUCUUGUAUGCCGAGACAUUUUUUACAUCGUAAGAACGAUCUCACCGUUUCUCAACAUUCGUGCGGAAUCCUUUUUUCGUCAAUAUCGUGGCAUGUGUUCUCCUCGCGUUUCGUAUUAUUAUUAACACCGUAACGUCUCGUUCGCUUUUAUUUUCGUCGGCAAAUCGGCGCACGAUGUCGCACACACGCACACGGACAUACAUACACGCACACACAUAUGUACACGUACACAAACACACGCUGCCAUUGAUUAUUUAUACGAAACUUGCGUUAUCGAUCUGUGUUGCGACGCACGAAUCGAUCUCUCUGUAUGAAAAUGUAACAGGCGAAUACACAUUCCAGAGACACCACCCCGUUCCCCCUCCCCCAAUCCACCCCCACACCCCCACUCGAUACUGCGCUAAUCUCUUAACAUUGAACACGUUGUAAAUAGCAAUAACGACUAGAGACGACGGAUGCCACGAUCGUUGAUUGUGAAAUUCUCGAGGAACACGCGCGUCGCGCUCAUACGAUAGUUAAUUAAGGGAUUUUUGCGCGCGCUCAUCCAUUCCGACGUGACGUGAUGACGGAUUCAUCGAGUCUCCGGAUUGCCGUCGCGGCACGGCGCAUGUCUGAUUAAUACGAGCACGCAGCGCUCGGUUCUCCGAGGAAGAAAUUGCCGUCGUACAUCGAAGCGUGCCCCCUUGGUCGGGCAGAAUUUCACCCCGGUAUCCCCGUUGGCAUUUUCCUAACCGCACUGAUUCGUGACUUUCCAUUCAAUUAGCGUACGGCUUCUUCUUACGGCUUACCUUCAACUUUUUAUUCGGGCAAUUCGCUCCUGCGCGCACGUAUAAAGCCGCUGAACACCCGUUAGAUACGUAGUUUGCUCUAAUGUCUUUUUUUUUUUUUAUAUUGUCGAGGCUAUUUAUUUUUACGCUCUCGAUGCAUACGAGUAUCACCGCAAUCGACAAAGCUUUCAGGCGACGAGCCUUGACUUUCACCGCUUUGAUCGGUUUGUUGAUUCGGACGCGGAUUAAUUAACGCUUGAUGCAAUUUUCGCAAUUACGGUCGCGAACGACUGCUACUAUUAAGUCAACACUUCGCGAAGAAUAAAAAGGGAGAAAAAAAAGAGACGCGAGAAACAAACUGUACCGGUCAUCGAAGGUCAUAGUUUGGAAAGUUUUUUGAUGGAAAAUUGUCUGAGCGAGUCGAUAUGUGAUUCAUAAUGAUUGAUAAUUGUAUUUUCUUUUCGUGUAAUCGAUAUUUGUUAUCGAGCAAAAGAUCCAUAAUCCAUUUUCAUAUUCAUGGAAGAAAACUCGGUUUUCAUAGGAAGUUUCUGUUUUCUGAAGACGGGACGAAAACUCAGUGACGAUUAAUAACUCUCUGUGUUACUGUGACUGAAAGAUUUGUCUGAACAUUCGUCUGAAAUAACCAAGGACGAUUGAUUGAGAUCACGGAAACCUCCUGCUGGAAUCUUUCUGUUCCUACGACCGUUUUGUCUGCUUCUCUGGGAACAGAAAUUUAAUUAUACGGACAUGCAUUGUCUUGAAAAAGAAUGUAUCAAAAUUUAAAAGAUGGAACAAUUUUUUGAAAAGUCAUAGUACCGAAAUCCCAGUAUCGAAAUAAACACAUUUUUACUGAAGUGUUAGAAUCGUGGUCUCGUUGUAUAGCCGGAGCCAUUAGUAUCUACUCAUCUGAGUGCAGCAAGAGAGUGUACUCAAGCGGGUACACGGAAAAAGAAGUGCUGUUGCAUCAACAGAAUUGCUCAACAGCGCGCCGUGGUUGGAAUAAAUUCUGAUUCAAUAGCAAUACUAUUGAAACUAGUACUUUAGUUACCUAUUUUAAUAACUUUAGCAAUAGUUUCGAUAACAUUGCUAUUGAAUCAAGGAGAUUCCAAUGCAUUAAUUCACAAAUGUGUUGAGUAAUUUUUUUUUAAGAUCUCGUUAAACACUAACUAUUAGUAACGUAACAUUAAUGUUAUAAUUCCGCUCAACAGUGUAAAUGCAAUAUAACACACGUGUUAUAUUAUUCAGUGGGAAUUUAUAACAUUGACGUAAUGUUGUCGUUAGUUUACUAGAAUAUAACGUACUUUAUGUUCCUUGUUACAAAGUUACCGAUACAGUAGUUUACAGAUGUAUUAAACACCGAUAACAGGAGGUUUUUUUUCAGGAGAAGCAUUUGAAUGUCUGUAACUUUGUGAUAAGGAAUGUGUGAGUUACGUUUUGCCUGUUUCUAAAAGUCACAUUUGUGAACUGAUGCGUCGAUUUGUUUUACCCACGACUUCUAUUGAUCCGACACUUUUUAUACAGAUAUUAAUACACCAAUGCGUGUUGUUUACAAGAAAAUAAUUCCUCCCGGGAAAAAUUGUAUCUCGGAAUAUUAUCUUGGUAUUCGGAUUUCGGGAUUAUGAAUUUCUUAUGCGAUCAAUAUUUCUGCCGUGCCAAGGAAAAAAGUGGUUAACUACAUUUGUGAUUUAACCACUUUUUUCUUUGGCAUGGCAGAUUUGUUAUCGAGUAAAAGAUGAUUUCUUUUCUCAUAUUCAUAGAAGAAAACUCGAUUUUUAUAAUUAGAUUUCUGUCCUCUAAUGAAAUUGUCGUCUUAGCUUCCGAAUAUCGAGAUAUUAGUUUCUCGGGACAAUGCGUGUCUACCAACAAGUCGAGUUCUUUUCCUCAUGAAACGGUAAAUACAGUUUGAUAUGCAAACGGCACGUAUCCAGACUACAUAAUGUCUUAAAUCAGGACAUAAGACGUCUUGAAGAUAAUCUUUAAGACGUCUUGAAGACAUUUAUACGUAAAUCGUCUGAAAGACAUCUUAAAGAUGACCUCUAAGACGUCUUAUUUCCCGAUUUUAGACAUUAUGUUGUCUAGGUAGCUUGUGCAGUAGUAGUGAUAGUAGCAGCAACAAUUUUUGUUCUUCUUCUCGUUCAAAGGCAAAUUUUCCAGGCCAAGUGUCUCGUCGAUGUCCGGUACGCGUACGUGGUGCGCGCGAAAGACGCGCUCGGCGCGGAAUUAGCGCGCGAGUAUCUUAGCGAAUUCGUCGCGCGAAGCCGACUUGCCGCGCGCGUUCGUCCAAGACGACCUCGUCGACGCCGGCAGUCGACUCGCGUGACCAUCUUCGAAGGCUGAAUUUUACACUGAGCUUUUUAUCGGGCUUCGUCGCGCGCGCUUCAUCACAUACGUCGUCGGCGCCCGCGUACGCUAUGAUAACUUGAUAAACGUUUCGCGAGAAAUCCACUGUCAGACGAGAAAGAGAGAGGGAGAGAAGAGAGACACAGACUGUUUUCUAGUCGGGUCGUUAGAGUGAACGGAGAGCAAGGGGUGUUGAUACAUAUUCGAUGAUAUAGGCGCUGGAAAGUAAUGAGUCGCAAAACGAUUUGUGCCCGUUUCUACUAACUUUGGUUAAUUUCACCGGCUGAUUAUUCCAGCGAAAUUGACCAGUCGCAUUUCUCGUUAAUCAGAAUUGAUAGAUUGCAAUUGGUCGAUUCGAUUGGAAUAACCAACCGGUUAACUCAACCAAAGUUGGUAAAAACAGACAUUGGGCGUAUUAUGAGCACUAAAGUUGCAGUGCUUCAAGAUUCCAAAUUGAGAGGUACUGCUGACGUAUCUGCACAUCGGUUAUAACAGAAGAGAUUAUGAAUCGGUUGACAAGAGUUGAAGUGACAGCAUAGGAUAUGAAAAUUUAAGAUAAUGUGAUGACGUGUUAAAAUUCCUGGCCCUCCGCAGUAUCUAUCUCUUUUUAAUGACAUCAGAAGCGAGAAAAUGCGUGCUAAAAAUUCUUGCGAAAUAUGUUAAAAUAAAAAUAUAUAUCCAUAAAGUAACACUUGCAAUCGAUUAAACAAAUUUGUAAGAUAUUCCGUGCACCCUCUUUUUGCUCUAACAAUCAAUAAUUUGUCGUAAAUUAACGUGACAUACAAUUCAUCUUCUUAAUCUAUUUCUUCGCCUAUUUUUAUUCAGAUUAAUUUACAAUAAACUAUUGAUUGUUGGAGAAAAAGGGGAAUGCACGAAAUAUCUUACAAAUUUGUUUAAUCGAUUACAAGUGUUACUUUAUGGAUAUAUAUUUUUAUUUCAAUGUAUUUCGCAAGAAUUUUUAGCAUGCAUUUUCUCGCUUUUGACGUCAUUAAAAAGAGAUAGACAAUGCGACGGGCCAGAAGCCUCAAUGCAUAAAGUAAUAUUUCGGGUUAUUCGGGUCCGUGUUUCCAAGCUUUCAGUCCAAUGUUCUCGCAUUUCCGAUCUCGUACAUAAUGAUGUAAAUAAUUAAAAUAAUUAAAAAAAUAGGAAAAGAAUAAAAGUUACAUGAUUCAUGUGUAUUAUAAUUAAUAUACAUUUCAAACUAAAAAGACAAACAUUAUAAAUUUGCUAUUCCUCUGAUCAAUCAAAUACUUCAUAUUGCAUUUAUUUUACUAUGCCUACUUUCUUAAAGUGAAUCAGUGAAACAUCAUUGAAAGCAGUAAAUAUACACUGAUUUGCAGUUAUAAGUAUAGCACUGAAACUGCUUAGUACUACAUUUAUAACUGAUAUCAGUGACUAUUCACUGAUUUACUUUAAAAGAGUACCUUGUGUGCGAUAAAGUUCUUUGCAUAUGUUUUCUUCUUAGUCUCCCUUUUAGGCAUUUCUUCGAGUAUUACAACGUUUGAAUCCGAAAUACUACUUUAUGUAUUAAUAUGUCAUUAUGGUAUCUUAAAUUUAUUUUUACAUCCUGUACCGUCACUUCGGCUCCUGUCAUAACCGAUUCAUGCGCGAAUGUUUCAGCAGUGCCUCUGAAUUUUGACAUCUUGAACUGCAACUUCAGUGCUCGAAAUGCGUUUAAAAUGCGUUUUGUGCUAUAUACACACGUUUGUAGAAUUGAACUUUUUUUUUUCGAGACGCAUCCGGCGUCCAAUGAGAAAGAAAUCUCAUGAGAAUUACUCUAAAUCAUUUAUUUCAAAUCAAAAUUCUCUCAUCAGACGUCGGCUACGUCCUGAAAUACGUCGAAAAACAAGUGGACAUGCAUUGUUCUGGAAAAUUGAAAUCUCUAAAUUCGAAACCCGGAGCAAUUUUCCGAAAGAUAGUAAUUCCGAAUACCGCGGCAAUAUCCUGAAAUAAAUUUCCCGAAGUAUAUAAUUGUUCCAAAGGAAAACUAUUGCCUCUAACAUCAGUACACACAGAUGUAUUAAUAAAUCUGUUCUUUUUAUCCGAACUAAUGCUACAGUGGAACUUCUUUUUCUUUUCAUUACUAAAUUAUAUAGAGUGAGUCAAUACCUAUACAGCACAAAUGUUGAAAUAUAUCCUAGAGAUAUUCCAGAGAUCUCUGGGACGUCCCUAGGAUGUAUUUUAGACACUUGUGCUAAAUGGAUAUAUAACUAUUGUCACCUUGAAUAUCUUUGAAACAAAAAGCAAAAGUGACUUUGAAGCCUAAUCUACAAUGUGCCUUUUGCUUCCUGUUUCUUGUUCUCUGUCUUUUUUUAGUUUAAAGCCUGAUCUACCAUGUGCUCUUCACUUCCUAUUUCUUAUUCUUUAUCCUUUUCUAACUAAAAGCUCAAAGUUUGAGUCAGAAAGAGAUAAAGAAAAAGAAACAGAAAGCAAGUAACACAUUGUAGAUCAAGCUUAAAGUUUAAUCUACAAUGUGUUCUUUGCUUUCUAUAUUGCUUGUUCUCUAGCUUUUUCCAGCUAAAAGCUCUAGGUUUAAAUCAGAAAGAAAUAAAGAAAAAGAAACAGGAAGCAAAGAGCACACUGUAGAUAUGGGCUAAGAUCUUUGAAACUAUUCCCCUAAAAAAGAAACUGUAAUCAUCACAAGACGCUUCUUUCCAAGUAGAAUAGUUUCGAAAAUCUAAAGAUCACUUGUUUCUUACUUUGAACAUAUUCAAGGUGGCAAUAGUUAUUGACUCACUCUGAGUAAGUCCCACUUGACGAUCGCGCUGACGCGGCACAUUCCGUUUCUGUUUAAUAUCCGGUGAGGAACAAAGAGAGAAUGACACUUGCGAUCAAAAUGCGGUCGCCAAGUGAAACUCAACCUUUAUUUACACUUGUUUCAUUCUAAAGGCAAAAAGUGCUUAUGCCUUUUCAACUACCUGCCAAUAUCGAUUAAAUCUUAAUCUAAGUUUAAACUAUUUAGACAAAUAAAUGUUCGAACGAAGACUUAGGAGUCAUCUACAAUGCCGUUGUAGUUACGUUUUAAAGUCGUAGCACUGGUCGGUGAAACGAUCAUAUAUCUAUUUUCGUCGCGCAAUUCGUGAAAAAUGAAAAGUUUCAUUAAUGAGUUUGAUAAAACUUUUCACGAAUUUACGAAGGAAUUAGAUACAUGAUCGAUUCACCAGUACUAUAUCUUUAAAACAUAACUACGACUUGUAGACAAUCAUUUAAACUUACAUUAAGAUUUAAACGACGUUGAUAAAAACAGGCAUUAGCGCAGCUGAAAAGAACUGACUUAUCAUAUAUUAAUUUGAGUACGCUCUUGUAUUUCAAUGACUAGAUAAUGCGGCUAUACAACGAGACAAUUUCAAUAUUUCAGUAAAAUUGUAUUUCGAGAGAUUGUCUUGGUAUUCGGAUUUCUGUAUUAUGACUUGUCAGAAAAUAGCGCACUUAUUCUGGCAUAUUUUUUUUCGAAAUAAUGCAUGUCCACUGGAAAACACAUUCAAACUGUUUUGCAAACGAGUGUGCACUUGGUUUUGAUACGGUUCGAACACUUUUUCUUCCUCGAUGUAGCUUGGAACGCAGCCGAUGAUCCACAACGAGAGAACUCAGCUUCUAGAAAUCAAUCAAAACCAAAUUAUCUCGUUGUGUCAUUACCUGCUCUGUUUCAACUUGAAGCUGCGUCGGGAGGUAAGUGUCUCAGCCGUAUUAAGAAGCCAACUGCUAACAACCUUAACUUCGACAACGAUUAGACCUUUUCAUCGAUCGAUUUCCUUUCGUUUUACGCCUAAAAGUGUCGGCUAUAAUAAAUUCGCGCGUAAUAAAUUCGAGCACACGUACGUGUACACAUUUCUGCCGGUAACCGACAAACGUAUGCGAUUUAAAGGCGCAUAUACGCCUCGAUUGUCUUUUUAUACACGCUUCACACUCCUUUUUUAUCUGUCGCGGCAUUCCUUUCCCACUUUUCUCCCCUUUUUACAACGCAUUUUUUACACUUCACCUUUGUACAUAUAAACUUAUCUGGUGUGUGGAUAAUUUUUCUAUA